AUGUCUGACACUACACUUGAUCGGCUUUCAGCGCUGGAUACCAAUACAGUAUCUGACGCCUUGGAUUUUCUUGGUCUCCCUGGAGCUACGCAUGGCCUUCGACCUCUCUGGGACUGUCCCAAAAUCGUCGGCCGCGCCAGCACUGUCCAACUUGGACCCAAGAAAGAGAAUGCGCAAGCUACGACGCAUCUAAUCACACCGGUGAUAGAUGCUGUAGCAACAACCGAUCGCAUCCUUGUCAUCGCUGGUGGUGUAGAAGGCAUCUCCUCCUGGGGUGACAUCAUCGCCAACGCCGCAAAGGUCAAACAAAUCCGUGGAUCUGUUAUAGAUGGCAUGAGUCGUGACAUUGAUGGAAGUCGGGACAUUGGCUAUCCUGUCUUUGGUCGUGGUGUAACGAUGAUCAGCGCUCGCAACAGAUUGAUUCAAAUCGAUUCUGGCGUGCAGGUUGAGAUACGCGGGGUCAAGGUGGACGAGAACGACUAUGUGAUUGCAGAUAACUGCGGUGUGGUUUUUGUACCAGCCGAUCGUAUCGAAGAUGUCCUGGAACUGGGCGAGCGCAUCGACCGUCGCCAGAAUGGAAUGGUUCAAGAAGUGCGAAGCGGUCUCUCUGUGGCAGAAGUCAUGCAUGACACGCAAUUCGAAGCCAUUGGAUCUUCGACUGCUCCCAGCAGGCCUCACAAUCCCCAAAACCCCAAGAAAACUACUCCCGAAGACCAAGAACUGGUUCGUCUAUUCGCCAAUUCUGACACCCCAGGAGUCUCAGAUGCCCUCGACAAGCUUGGUAUUCCAGGACAGGCAUUCGACAUCAUGCCCUUGACGAAUUACAGCAAGACGACAGUCGGCCCGGCUUUCACAGUUCGUUACGGACCCGCCAGUGACCCUCCCGGAAGCGUUGGUGAUUUCAUCGACGACGUGGCCAUAGGCGAUAUCGUUGUGAUUGAUAACGGUGGCCGUACAGACUGCACUGUUUGGGGAGAUAUAAUGACGCAGUAUGCCGGCCUGCGUGGCGUUGCGGGGACAGUCAUCAAUGGUGUAUGCCGUGAUGUUGACCGUGCUAUCGGCGACAAUUACCCAAUUUUCUCCUCUGGGCGCUGGAUGCGGACGGGCAAGGAUCGUGUUCAGGUCGAAGGUGUCAAUGAGUCGAUUGGCGUCGGUAAAGUACGUGUCAGCCCGCGAGACAUUGUUGUAGCGGAUGCAAACGGGGUUGUGAUCGUGCCGCGAGACAGAGCUCGCGAGGUGGCUGCAAUUGCGAGUCGUAUCGAGGAGAGUGAGCAAGGUAUCAGAGAAAUGAUAUCCAAGGGAUCUACUAUUGCUGAAGCGAGAGAGAAGCUUGGUUAUCACACUCUACAGCGUAAGGAAUAG